UGAGAUGAUGACAUCAUCUCUAUGACUUAAUCUCAUAUUUUCUCUAUUAUCUCUAUUAACUCUAGGCUAAAACCAUUCUUAAUAACUAAGUAAAGCUAGAAGUCUAAUUUCAUCAAUUGGUUCCUACGAAAAGAAAUUCUUUAUGGAUAUUGAAACUAAACACACAAAAAAGGAUCUUUGUUGAAUCUCUAUGAAGAUCAGUGCACAUGUUUUUAUAACUGAGUGUUACACUGUGGGAGAGAAAGUAUUUGGCUCAGGGACAAGACUUUAUGUAACAGAGAAAAAAAAGAAGAGUCCGACAGUAUCUGUGUUCCCAGUAUCCAAAGAGGCAAAUGGAACCCACGUUCUGCUGUGCCGUGCGAAAGACAUGUUCCCAGAGUUGGUGAAAUUCACAUGGAAGGAUAAAAAUGAAGAAAUAGUGACGUCAUCAGAGGGCGGUGACGAGCUGCUGGAGCAAAGUGAUGACCAGGGAGGCGGAAUGACCAGCAUGCUGAUUGUAGACGAAAGCAAAGUCAUAUCAUAUAAAUACACAUGCAUCGUCCACCAUGAGAAUGGAGACCAGACUGCAGUCAUUGAAAAUACGUGUAAAGAAGACUCAUCUUCACCCCAACAACAAGACGAGGAGCAAGAGGAAAAUCAAAUUCCUGGUUUCUUUGAGCUGAGCCGUAGACUGUAUCUGUUCAAUGUGACGUAUGUGAUUCUCCUGGUGAAGAAUGUGAUCUAUUUCUGCACCGUCUUAGUCUUACUGUACAAGAGGGAUUCUACCGGCAUGGAAGUGCUCAGAGGCAAAGCUCAAACCCCGGUGAAACAGCCUCAAGUGUCCACGUUCACAGUGUUUAAGUCCAAAAAAUAUGAGAAGGCUGUACUGCUGUGCCAGGCGAGAGGCAUGUACCCUGACCUGGUGAGAUUCACAUGGCAAGCAGAAGAUCACAAUAAACUAAAUGUUCAAUUGGGAAGUGAUGAGCGUCUGGAGCAGAGAGACGAGGGUCCGGAAGUGCAAAUAACCAGCAUGCUGAUCAUAGACAAACAGAAAGCAGAAAACAAUAAAUUCACCUGCACGGUUCAACAUGACAGCAGUGUUAAAAACAAGAAAUUAUCCAUUCCAACAGAUAAAGACAUUCGUAAGACUAAUCCAAAGCCUGACUUUGCUAUGACCUGUCCAAAAACAGCAGAAGAGGAGGAAGAAGAAUUCAGGAAUUUUGGUUUGUUUGCACUCAGCCGCAGUCUGUAUCUGUUCAGUGUGACGUAUGUGAUACUGCUGGUGAAGAAUGUCUUUUAUUUCUGCACCAUCUCUGUCUUACUGUGCAUGAGAAAUCCUGCUAACAUGGAGAUGAUUCGAGGCAAAGGUCACUGAUCAGCCAAACAAUCAUCUUGUUGAAAUCAUCUAAAGAUUCUAAUCUAAACUCUUAUAUCUAUAUGUGUAUCUAUAUAGACCUAAAAAUAUUUCUGAUUUGUUUUCUUACCAUAUACUUACCAUAAAGUACUAUUGUAUAAAGGUGGACUGUUGCUGUAUUAAAA